CAAAAUGAAAUUUCCACCUAACAUUCAUCAAAUCCCUAUCUUGUUUCCAUUUUACCAUUUUUUGUUUUCCUCAUAGUAAACAUGAAAGCUUCAAUGGUCUCUGCAAUGGAACACAUAUAUUCAAUACUACUCUCCACCCUUCUCUUCUCUCUCUCAGUUUCAACCUCCACGCCGGAGCCAAUUCCGGCAGUUUGGCCGGAACAAUUCCAUUCAUUACUAUUCAUGAACAGAAGUGGAACCCUCCACCAAAUAGACUUAUGGUACGAUUGGCCUAACGGUCGCAACUUCAACAUCAUUCAAUAUCAACUCAAUGAAGUUGUUAGUUACGAUCUUGAAUGGAACAACGGCACGUCUUUCAUCUACACUCUCCAUCCCUCCGACAGCCACUGUGAAGUUGAACAUCUUGACGUUGGUAUUCUUCGCCCUAAUUGGCUUGACGGUGCUACGUAUUUAGGUCAAGAGCAAGUUGAUAAUUUUGUAUGUAAUGUUUGGGAGAAAGUUGAUUUUAUUGUGUAUUAUGAAGAUGUUCUUACUCGGAGACCUGUUAAGUGGGUUUUCUACACAGGAUAUACUGCACAUGUGAUGACAUUUGAGGUUGGAGCAGUGCUUGAAGAUCCAAAAUGGCAGGCUCCGGUAUACUGUUUCAAUCAGACUGAGAAGGAAAAAAGUGUUUCCUCACUGUUAGAAUCUACUACUGUUCGUGGCGAUUCUUUUUGGAGUUUGAUGAGAGGCAAAGCAAAUGCUGCUGCAUAAGCGUUGGCGAUUAUGAAAUGGUUCGAACUGUAUAUGUAUGUUCUGUUUUAGGGAUAGGAAAUGAUUGUUUAGUUUAACAAAAUGUUUACCUGGAUUUUCUUCUAUCUUCAUAUUGUAGGAAUGGAUGCACGAUUGUUUCAUCCAAGCUAAUAAAUCAAAUUUGCCAGCUUA